AUGUCUACCCGCAAGAGAAAGCAAGAAGAGGACGAGGAGCUUGUCUCCCUCCCCGAUGACGACGGUGAAGAGGAAGAGGAGUAUGAAUCAGAGGAAGACGGAGACGAAGGCGAUGACGACGUUGAGGAGGAGGAAGAGGAGGAAGAGGGAGAGGGAGACGCCGAGGAAGACGCGGAAGCGAACGGCGGGGACGAGAAAGCUCCUCCAUCGAAGAAGCGGAAGACUGAAACCGCUGCCACGGAUGACGCGGCCGACGCUGAAGAGGCUGCCGACGAGGAAGAGGAAGCAGAAGAUGAACCUGAGGGUGAAGACAACGCUGAGGAAGAGGAGGAGGAGGAGGAGGAGGAGGCUGCCAACGGCGUCGAAGAUGCCCCCGCCAAAAGUGAGGUCAAGGCUGCCGAGGCACCCGCCGCUACCAAUGGCGAUGCCGUCAAGGCUGUUGCGGCCGGUGGUGAUGCCGAAGAGUAG